AUGGCCCUUUCCUGUGGCUAUCGACACGUUGAUGGCGCCCAAAUAUACGGCAACGAGGAGGAACAAGGCGAUGGCAUAAGAGCGUCUGGGAUUCCCAGGGACCAGAUCUUCGUCACCACAAAGUACUCGGGCGCGGACCCAAAGACAUCCAUCAAGACGGCCUUUGCAGGCUCACUCGAAAGACUUGGCCUAGACUAUGUGGAUUUGUACCUCAUUCACAUACCGUACUGGGCUUCGACCAAAGAAGAGCUGCAGCAGCAGUGGGCCGAAAUGGAAGCCAUCAAGGAGUCUGGCAGAGCCAAGUCAAUUGGUGUAUCCAAUUACCUGCAAGAGCACCUGGAGGUCAUCCUGGCCGCGGCCAGGAUCAAACCUGCCAUCAACGAGAUCGAAUACCACCCGUAUCUUCAGCAAGACGGCCUCCUCGAGUUCCAUCGCAAGAACGACAUCGCAGUGUCCUGCUACGGCGCUUUGGUGCCAUUGACCAAGGCUCCUGGAGGCCCUGUCGAUGACCUGUGGACCGAGUUGGCGCGCAAAUACAGCGUGACGGAAUCCGAGAUUGGUCUGAGAUGGGUUCUCGAUCAGGGCUUUGUUGCUGUGACCACAAGCUCUAAAAGGGAGAGGCUUGAAGGGUUUGCACGCAAGCUGCCAACCUUCAAACUGACCGGGGAUGAGAUCUCCGAUAUCGCGACAUUGGGCAGGAAGAGAAAGCGUUUCCGUGGGUAUUUGAGGAAGUACUUCGACACUGUUGACCAGAAACUCGGUCACUCGAUCGACUACUAG